AUGACUGUCCCUUCGCCUACCUCCCGCCCUCGAACUCCCGGAUCCGAGCCGGACCUCUUCUUCCCUUCCUCCGACUCUGAAGAUGACAUCCAGUUCGACACGUCUGAACCUUCGUCCAGGCCUGUGACACACCCCACUAGCAGUUCAGUACCUCAACAUCUCUCCUCGUUUCCCUCCAACCGAUCUAAUGGCAACCAUCACCUCCCUUCGUCCCAAGACAGCGAUAUAGUCAUCGUCGAUGACCCCCCUCUGUUCCCCUCCUCCGCCGCCGGACCGUCAUCGCUCAAACGAUCUUCUCCCGCUCGCUCACCUUCAUCUCGCAUUCCUUCCCACUUUGUAAGAGGGUAUCUAGGAGAGUUUGUCUGCGAAGGUUGGUCACUUUCCAAAGGCAAGGGUUACUGCUCGCCAGGAUCUAAAGUCAUCUUCGAACGUCCCAAGCCGAUAAAAGUUGGAGAGGACGACAGCAGAGCUUUGGCGAACAAUAAAGAGAAGGUGGGACCUGCCAGAUUAGUGAAUGGGAAGGUCGUACAUGCCAAAAUCAAACCGGCGGCGAGUAAACAGAUAACUCUCGGUGCUAUGAUGAAGAAACCUUCCAUGGGGACGAACAAGAAAGGCCCGACCAAACCUGUCGUCGAUCAAAUCAUUCGGUUCAGAAACGAAAGAGGAUUCGAAAUCGGUAGACUUUCAGUCACGGAAGCAGGAUUUUUGGUACAUCUCUUGGACACUGGAGUCAUCUCUUUAGUCGGCCAUGUCAUUGAUUGCCCUCAGAUCUUAGCCACAGGAAGUACUAUCUUGCUCAAUGUCAAGGUGUAUCUCGAUCGGGCGGCAUUUGAGUCCGUUGAGAAGGAGGGCAGAAAGGAAGAUGGUUCUGGGACGUUUUGGCAGGAACAGCAGGAGACUGUUGAAGAAGAGGCUAUGCGGAAGCGUAAAGACGCGUUGGGAUUGCUCUUCGGUCGCAUUGGGGUCAAACCACUUCAAUCAAAUGCACUUUUGCUCGCACAGAAAAAAAAUGGAUCGGCUGUGAUCAACGAAGACUCGCUCAGACACUUCGAUAAGAAUAAAGGCAAAACAUCUGUGCGAAACAGUGACGAUGAGGGCGAGGAUAGUGGAGAUGAAGCAGAGAAACUGAACGAGGAACAACUCAACGAGCUGGAUGCCAUAUAUGCCAAGGCUCAGCAGGGUGACAAGAGACUCGAAGAGACAGACCCACCGGCGACAUUUCUCUACACCUUGCGGCCUUAUCAAAAACAAGCACUGACAUGGAUGAACGCUCGGGAAACAGGCGACACGAGCGUUCGAGAUCAGAGUUUACAUCCCUUGUGGGAGGAAUACGCCUUCCGCGUAGAGCGUCUCGAAGGAGCACCGAUAGAGAUCGAAGACGACGACGCCUGGAUAGAUCCCAGUCGAAAAUUCUAUUGGAAUCCUUAUAGCGGUGAACUAAGUUUGACUUUCCCAACAUCCAAUACUUCUUCCAAGGGUGGAAUUUUGGCGGAUGCCAUGGGGAUGGGAAAGACGUGCAUGAUGGCUUCUUUGAUUCAUCUGAACCGUGAAGGGGACCAACCUCCUGAACCCACAAAUCCCGGCCCGGCCGAGGAAGAGCCAGCCUCAAAGCGACCAAAAUUCACCCAGAUCACCCUUUCAAACCAAUGGCGUCCCAUUCCGACAGUGACGAGGCCAAUCCACGUCCCACGAGCUACUCUGGUCGUCUGUCCUGUUUCCCUAGCCUCUCAGUGGCACGAGGAACUCGGCAAAAUGUCAGAAAAAGGCACGAUAUCUUCAUUCAUGUGGUACGGAAACGACCGCACAGACCUGGACCGAUUGUUACUUCAAGAGGGAAAGAAGCGAGUUGAUGUGAUCGUCACAUCCUAUGGUACUCUAGCCAGUGAGUUUCAGAAAUGGCGUAAAAUCAAAGACAAACCGUCAUAUGAAGGUGGAAGUAUAUACGAUCACGAAUUCCUACGUAUCGUCCUUGACGAGGCACACAACAUCAAGAAUCGAACUGCUUUGGUAUCGAAAGCAUGCUAUGAGCUCAAAGGUCAGCGCAGAUGGGCGUUGACAGGAACCCCUAUAGUCAAUCGACUUGACGAUUUGUAUUCCCUUCUUCACUUCCUCCGAUUAGAGCCUUGGGGACAUUACUCUUUCUUCCGCAGUUUCGUCACUGUACCAUUCCUCAACCAAGAUCCUAAAGCUCUCAAUGUGGUCCAAUACAUAUUGGAAAGCUGUCUUCUCAGACGGGAGAAAACUAUGCGUGAUAAAGAUGGUCGAUUAAUCGUCGACCUUCCUCCCAAACAUGUCGACUUACAAAUUCUCGACUUUUCUCGACCCGAGAGGCAGAUAUAUAAGCAUCUUGAGGAUCGAGCGAGAAGAAGGUUUAUCCAGCUUGAUGCGGAGGGCCGAGCCAUGUCCAACUACACCUCGAUUUUGGCAAUGCUGAUGAAAUUGCGACAGUGCGUUGAUCAUCCACUGCUUGUCUUAGGCAAGAAUUCAGAUAACGAAGAAACGGGAGACAAACUUCUUGAUGCCGACUCAGGCGAUCCUGCGUCAAGCGUCAAGGAGCUGAUUGCUAUGUAUGCCGGCGGGUUGAAGGGGAAUGACAGCAACGACGCCAACUCAGAAUACGCCUUACAGGUUCUGAAGGAUAUCGGUGAGGCUGAGGAAACGUCGGAGUGCAUGAUCUGUUCGAACGAGAUUUUUGAUGAGGUGCUUCUACCUUGUUAUCAUCGAGGGUCAGUGUUUUCGUCUCCUAGAAACUUGUCCUUCCACCUUCCCCCUUCAUGUCAGGAUUGUGUCGUCAACUGGAUCGGCAGUUGUGAAGAUCAAGGCAAAUCAGCGACUUGUCCAAUGUGUGACAAAGGUCCUCUCGUCAUGUCUGACCUCCGAUCCGUACAACGUCGACGGAAACGAAUCAAUCCCAUCACCGGGGCGUAUGUAGGGGAUGAUGGUCUACCUGCUUCCCAAGGUGACACAGCUAUAACACUUGGUAAAGUCGAUUUGGUGUCAAGUACCAAACUUCGAGCUCUGGCUAGAAAGUUGGGUGAAAUGCGAGUUGUCGAUCAGGAGUUCAAAGCUUUAGUAUUUUCUCAAUUCACCUCCUUCCUAGAUCUUAUCGAACCUACUCUGACGAGAGAGGGGAUCAAAUGGCUACGAUUCGAUGGAUCAAUGUCUCAAGCUCAAAGAGCAACAACGAUAGAAGAGUUUGGAAAGAAAUCCAAAGAACCUGUCGUACUGCUCAUCUCCCUUAAGGCUGGUGGUGUCGGACUUAAUCUGACCAUGGCUAAUCAUGUGUUCAUGAUGGACACAUGGUGGAAUGAAGCCAUAGAGCAACAAGCCAUUGAUCGUGUACAUCGAUUAGGACAAAACAAAGAAGUUUACGUGACGAGGUAUAUCAUCAAGGGGACUGUAGAGAAACGUAUCAUGAAAAUUCAAAGAUCGAAGACCGCUUUGGUCAACGCUUCCCUCGCCGGCGGAGCUCAAAAGGAUAAACAGACCAGUCUGGCGGAUAUCAAGAAAAUCUUCGGUUUGGACGAAGACAAUAGCGAUGAUGAGGUGUUCUAGCAUCGUCUAUCGUUCAGAAAUACCGAGGGAAAUGAAGGAUCAACGAAGAAAGGAAAAGCCGACAACCAUUGUCUUUCGAGUAUAUACACAUCUUCGAAUUCUACGCCGUGUGGGAUGAUGACGAGGGUGGCGAUGUGAUAAGCUUCCCACGAAACAAUGGAUCGACAAAGCUGUUCGGGACGACGAAGACGUUGAAGGCAAGCUGUGUUAGCAACUUGUCAAGGGAUCUUGAAGGUAGUUUCCCACGACUCACAGCACUGCGCUUCGAAUUUUAGGGUACACAGGGGUAUGGAUAGGUACAUAUAUGUCACGAAUACAUAUCCUCUUGUU